GGUAAAUGGGGGUUUGACAGAGAGGAGAGCGAUCUGGCUCUAUAUGAAUGUGUUCUCCUCUAAAGCCAAUGGCAUUUUGGCUCAGCACCAGGUCCAAAUGUGACGGCAAACCAUGGACGGGAACAAGAAGCGCUUGGCAUUCACCAUCGACAGCAUUCUGAGCGCUGGCUUUGAGAACGGAGACAGGAGCUUGGAAAACCCUCGUGCUUCGGCUCCGGGAGCCUGUGAGGAGAAACCGGCCCCGGAAUCUGCAGCGAAUCACAAUGAAUCGAUGAAUCAGACGGACCCUAGAACGCACUGCUGCUUCUGUUCACACUGUGGAGAGAUUCUGCACACGGCCGCCAUUUGGGGUUCGAGGAUGUUUCCAGAGACGUGCUCCGCUGCAGACGCUCAUGGCAGAGAAAGCUUCGGUCACGUUCAGAGGAGAGUUCGACGCCACCGGACCAUCUUCACAGAAGAACAGCUGGACGCUCUGGAGGAUCUGUUCCGGCAGAAUCAGUAUCCCGACAUCAACACCCGCGAGCAGCUGGCCCAGCAGACACACCUGCGCGAGGAGAGAGUCGAGGUGUGGUUUAAGAACCGAAGGGCAAAAUGGAGACGACAGAAGCGGCUUCCUUUCAGCCUCCGUGGAGCAGACGACUGGAAAACAGUCCUUCAUAGCGACUGACAUGGACAUUAUGAUUUCAAUAUCAUAAAACCCUCCUAAAGACUAUACGAGCUGACAACAGUCUGGCUUUAAAUCCCUUCAUUUAUCAAUUGCAAUCAUUUGUUGACACUUGUUUGACAGAGACUACAAAAUCAUUCAGAGUGUUUAAUGAUUUUUUAUGUUAUUUUUUCAUGUUUUAUAUUCAUUUUCAUACAAACAAUCUUGCCAAUGCAUCUUACCAUGCAUUAUAAAGAAACAGUUACUCUAAAAAUAAAACCUAAUGCAUCCCUGUCACAGACCUAUACUCAAUUAAACAGUCAACAUUAAAAAUGCUAUUAUAUCAUAUUGUAUAGGGCAGCAUAGAAGAGUUCAGAGAUAGUCAUUUUAUCUCAUGGAUGACUUUAAAUCUUUUAUUCUGUGUGGCAAAGUACACGCUCAUGUAAUGAGGGAUGUUAUGAGUUUGACAUUUUUAAUGUUGACAUAAUGUAUUAAAUAUAGCUAAUAAUUUAAAAAUAAAGCAUUGUACUUAUAUAGUCAAUACAAUAUUUAAGUAUUAUUAGAUGAGCAAGACUGCUCAUAUCUAGAAAACAGCAUGCUAGCGAGUGUGAUAUAGCUUUUGUACAAUAGUUCAAUAAACAGUAUUGCCAGUCACUUUGUUUUCAU